AUGGCACCGCCUCGUCAAAGCGCUCAUACGCCCGAGACACCAACCAACGAGCAGCUGGCUCAGGACUUGCAACAUCUCAUGCAGACCAUGCAAACCUUUAGUGAAGCUCUUCUAAACAACAAUCAUCCUGCUCCGCCGCCACAGCCUGCUGGACAUCGGGAUGUGGGACGUCUAGUCUCGGGCCACAGACCACCGAUGUUCGCCGGAGAGGAGGACCCCGUCAUGCUUGAGGAGUGGAUCCGAACCUUCGACAAGAUCUUCUCCGUUGGUUCAUCGUCUGUGGUGGAGUACCACAAGCGAUUCUUGGAGCUCGCUCGUUUCGCUAGGAUGCUAGUCCCCACCGAGCUUGCGAAGGUGGAGAAAUUCGUGACUGGGCUCAAUUAUGAGGCUCGAAAGGCAUUCACCGUGAGCAAGCCGAGGACCUUGAAGGCGGUAUAUCUGAGUGCUGAUGAUCUGUACCGGUGUGGGGAAAGAGGUCACAAGGUUGCCGUAUGCCCUCUACAAGCUAAUCAAAUAUCGUUGCCACCUAGCUCGGGAUCCGGUGGAACUUCAGGAGGGAGUUCAAGCCGAGGUGCAGCUGGAGCUAGACCUUUGGGUCAAGUGUUUGUGAUGGGUUGGUCCCAAGCUGAGUCGGAGGGGCUGGUUGAAGAAGAGACGGCAGGUAAAGCCUUUGAUCCUGAUUCUUUUUCAAGCUCUUUGUUGGAGAUGUUGAAUUACCAAGGACUGUUGGAUGGGUUUCUCACCAUCAGGGUUGAGACUUACCCGAGUUUGUUGAAAGAAUUCUACCGUCUCAUGGUUGUGACUAAGGAUGGUGGAAAGUUGGAAGUCACUUCUAAAGUGAGAGGUGUGAAAAUUGUUUUGACUGAGAAGAGGCUGGCUCAGCUUUUAAGUCUGACCACUACAGGAGUCUCGCAGUAUAGUGAAAUGGAUCAGUCAGGUGUGGCAGAUGAUUCUACACUUGGUCAAUUUGUGAAGUCUAUAAAAAAGAGAACAACCAGAGCAGUAUUGAGCUCACAAGCUGCUGAACUCACCCCUGCCCAGGAAGAUCAAGCAGAGCCUUCGACAAGGCAACAACCAGCAGCUGUAAAAAGAAAGAGGGCACCACCACAAAAGCGAGAGAGAGUACGGGACCCUGAUGUGAACUACUUCAGUACACGAAUGGGUCCUAAGCAAAUGUAUGACCUUGUCCAGCGUCUAACACAUGACCAAAAGGAUGCUGUGAUUGAUAUGGGUUUUGGAGGGCUGCUGCACCUACAAUUUUCAAGCAAUUACUCACAACUUGUUGAGUAUCUCCUGCAAAGGUUUGAUGUUUUCAAAUCAGACUUCAUAUUGGAUGGUGACCAUCUACAUGUCGGUGAAGAGGAUGUUGAAUACAUCUUGGGACUCCCCCGGGGGAAGAGAGAUGUUGAGGAAGGUACAAAGAGUGAGGAAAAUUCUACAGCUGCAUAUAAUAAGGUCCUGACUGAGUGGAGGAAAAGAUGGAAUGUCAGGUCAGGGUCACCCAUAACAACAAAGAUGCCUGAUGAAAUAAUCAGGAGAGGUGACCAUGGAGAUGCCUUCAAGAGAGACUUUGUGGUGUUUGCUGUCUCAUCUCUGCUCCGGGGAAAUACUGGAAGAUAUGCCAACUAUCGAGUUAUCAAGUCAUUGCUCAACAUCCGGUCAAUCUCAAGACUUAAUUGGUGCAAGUACACGUACAAUUCUUUAAUUGAUUCGUAUGACAUUUACAAAGACUCUCCUACCAGAUCCUUUCGAGGUCCAAUGGUAUUCAUCCUGCUCUUCUACUUUGACCGAGUACAAUUCAGAGGCAUGACCGUCAACCGCACAUUCCCAGCAAUAAAAGCUUGGACAAAAAGCCUUGUACGCAAGCGAGUAUCGGCUGAGAUAAAAUCAGGGGGUUUUGGUAAGGGCAAAGUUAUCCCUCGAUUUCAGAGACCUACUGCCAUUGCAUCUACAUCAUCACCCCGACCUGCACCUCCUCCUGCUGCAAUACCAAGGCCAGUGUCCAGCCCUGCUGCUACACCAACUAUUCCAGCUCCAUCUGUGCCUCUGACAAAUGUUGACCGAGUAACAAAUGUGCUUCAACGGCUUACAGCAGAUGUCCUUGAGUUCGGUCAGGUCAUGUCUGACAUUGGCAAGCAAGGGGCCCCGGUUGAAAUCAUGAAGAGGGCUUUUUCAGGAAUAUCAACAAUGCUGAGUGCUGCAAGCACAAUUCAACCGACUCCUAGCCCAACUGCCUCGCAAUUGGAUGACAUCUUCUUCGGAAGUGAGAGCUUCACAUCAGCAGUUGAUUCUCUGGUAGCAGCUUUUGAAAAAACAAGAAAGGAAAUGGAAAUAGAAGUCCCAUCAUUUGAGCUACUUGGACGCUCUACACCAACCCCACCACCAUCUCAACAGCAGCCUUUGGACACCUUGGUGGAUAACAUUGUGAGGAGUGCAGGAGUAUCAACCUCAACAGAGAAGGAAGCAACUCCAUUACUAAUCAGAGUGCCAUUCGAAAAGUCCACCACUCCUACUACCCCUGCUGCCCAAACUGCUGCUGAGAUUGAUGAAUUUGAUAAGGCUAUGGAUGAAAGUGAAUCUGAUGUUGAGGAUGUUACUGUGAGAAAGAGACCUGUGCGCAAAUUCAGGAACAUCCCGCUUCAUUUGAGGUCACCAUAUUGGAAUAAGAACAAAGGCUCCAUCAAUAAUGCAACUCCCAAAGAAAAGGUUUUUUCAAACUAUGCAUUUUUGGAAGCCUCAAGUGAGCACCCGGGAGGAGAGACAUUGUUCAAAUAUGGUGAUUACUACUUCACAAGGGAUGAUUUUGCAACUAUGUGCAACGGUGAGCUACUGAGCAGCUUCCUAGAUGUCUGGUCCCUACGUUUUACAUUGCUGAACAUGCCCCGUGCGGUUGGGGAGACAAAGCGGGUCUACUUCUCCACCCUAGUACAUCUUCAAAUUGAUCCCAAUGAUCAGUGGAUGAAGGAUCUCCCAACUCACAUAAAAAUGAAGAAUUUCAAUGAGAGAUUGAGCUAUGAAAUAACCAGCUUUGGGAACCUAGACAUCAGUGAUGCAGAUCUGAUAUUUUUCGCAGUUCAUCGCCAUGGUCACUACUUCUUGGUCUGCUUCAAUGUGAAAGAACAUAAAGUACAGGUCAUUGACAACAAGGAGUUACCAGCUGGUGUUUCGGAGAAGGACAAAUAUGGCAACUGCCCACACUUAUUGAUUGAAGCAUUCAGUGGUUACCUUAAGGCCGAGUGCCACUCCUUGUAUGUGAAAUUGCAAAAAGUUGAUAUAAAGUACCUUAAGUUGGACUGGGCAAACACUGAAAACGUCACUGAUUGCGGGAUCUAUGUACUCCGUCAUAUGGAGACAUUCCGAGGGACUCUACAAGACUGGCAGCCAGGAUUCAAGAAAAAUAUGCGCUUGAAUGCAAGCUUCAUGUGUGAAUUGCGAGCGAAAUAUGCUGCGAACCUCAUAAAGUGGAGAAUGAAUGAAGUCAGGGGGGAGGUUCUGCAAGCGGCCAAAAGAGUUUCGAAGAAGAAUUGA